UCGGGGUCAAUUACUCAACUCGCACUGAAAGACUUAUUUAAAGUGAAAAAAUAAAACAGAACACACACAAAAAGAGUUGUAGAUUUGCUUUAGCUUCAUCACCAUGAGUUCGGGACUUGCACUAUUCUGCGAGAUCAUAAUCGCCAUCUUGCUUCCUCCCCUCGGAGUCUGCCUCAAAACCGGCUGUUGCACCGUAGAAGUGUUGAUAUGCGUGGUGUUGACGAUAUUAGGAUACGUUCCCGGGAUAAUAUACGCGCUCUACGCUAUUCUCUUUACGCAUCGUCACACGGAUCCUGACCAUUACACUGCGGUUGCUUAGCUCCCUCCAGAUCCUCUGCUAGAGUAGUUGUUAUCAUCAACUAUUCAACUUGUUGUUCUAAUGUUUGUGUUAAAUCUCGAAUCCAUGCAAUUUCAGUUUGUGUUGUAUUUGUUUGGUUGUCAGUUAUUGUGUUUGAAACAAUAAGAAUGAAUUUCAUAUCGCA